AGCGCACUGAGCAUCAGCUAACGAGAUAAGCAAACACACACUGACCAAACAAACAUGGUGAAGAUCACUUUCCAGACAGUUUCGGCGCAGAAGCCUGAAAAAGAGAUCGAUGAAGACAAGAUCAUUAUACCUCAGGCUCACGGGCAGCUGGUUCUUCCUGUCAGGCACAAAAAGCCUUUUCCAACCGGCCUCUGCUGCCUCACCUUUGGCCUGGUGGUCUUCAUGUCAGGACUGGUGCUGUCCUCUAUCUAUGUCUAUCGCUACUACUUUAUACCUCAGCAGAUCCCAGAAGACAGCUUGUUCCACUGCCGGGUUGUCUACGAGGACUCGGUCUACGCUCCUCUGAGGGGACGACAAGAACUGGAGGAGAAUGUUAGCAUCUACCUUGACGAUAACUACGAGCAGAUCAGUGUGCCCGUGCCACACUUUGGAGGCAGCGACCCCGCUGAUAUCAUCCACGACUUCCAGAGGGGCCUCACGGCUUAUUAUGACAUUGCCUUGGACAAAUGCUACAUCACAGAGCUGAACACAACCUUGGUGAUGCCUCCACGCAGCCUGUGGGAGCUGCUCGUCAACGUCAAGAGAGGGACGUACCUUCCUCAGACUUACAUCAUCCAGGAGGAGAUGAUGGUGACCGGGAGGGUGAGAAACAUGAGGCAGCUGGGCCCGUUCAUCCACAGACUCUGCUAUGGCAAAGAAACCUACCGCCUCAGACGCCGCAGUCAGCACAGACGUAUCGAGAGGCGCGACGCAAAGAGGUGCCACAGCAUUCGCCACUUCGAGAACACGUUUGUGGUCGAGACCGUCAUCUGCGACCGGUUCUAAAUCCGAAGCGGAAAUGCCAGCCAUCCAACUCUGAAACCAUACCUCUUGAAUUCUUUAGGCUUAUAACUGCACUUUAAGAGCAAGUGUUUGUCCAACAGUUUGACUUUCUGUUUUGUGUCUCCAGUUGGAAAUGCUCUUUUAAUUGUUCCAUGUACAAUGUCGCUGUCUUUUUUUAUUCACGGUCCGUGUAUGUGGAUGAUGUGAUACACGUGUUGGGAUAUAUCUGUAGCUUGUCGAGCAGCGCGUACGAUGUUAACGUGUGUCAGUUUGUCACGUCAGACUGAGACGUGAUUGGGAUUUAUUUUAGGAAUGUCCUUAUUGUUACCUGGUAACCCAGUGCACUGUGGGUGAUGGAAUGGAUAUGUUGAAGCUGCUUGCACGGUGCACUCAUGUUAAUAUUUGUUUCUUUGUUGUUUUUUUAUUUCGUUUUUGAAUGUCAUGUAAAGGCGAAACAUACCUCAUGUACAUUAGACGUUUCUUUGCUGGUUUGUAUCAUUAAUGAAGGGUGUAUAUAACUUUGAUUGUUCCUAAGCAAUAUAUACUGUAAAUUGAUUUUUUUCUGGAGCUCAUAUUGUUACUGGCAUAGAUUUUUAUCUAAAAUCGACUUGUUUUGUCUCUUUAUUUCCUUUGGUAUCACACUUGACUACUCCUUAGAUAUAAUGGCUUUAGACUGUAAUUAGUAGCAGUACUUCAGACAGAAGGAACCAAAGUCUGCUGUCAGAGAUGCUAUGCUUCGUGUUAAGGAUAUAUGAUAUAUUUAGAAAGAGUGCUUUUUUGUCUAGAUCACUUACUGUAGAUGAUAUCAAAGGCUAAAACGUUGCCCUGCUCUUCCUCCUCUUCACUUGGAUUUUGCCUGUUGUCUUUAGCUCUCGCCAGUUCCCAAUCCAUUUUAUUCUGGCAUUCUAAUCUCUACAAUGUAAAACUUGGAGCAAAUAAGGCGGGUCAUGUGCUCCUAUUUCACUGUCCUGGAUACUUUAUUUCACUGUACAGUCGAUUCUUCUUGUAAUAUCUCACUGCUUAAAGAAUAAAUUAUCAAACUUUU